AUGGCAACUGCAGCAGGUAAUGAAUAUGAUGACAAUGCUUCAUUAACACAGGAGUCAGAUGAAAUAAAAGAGAUGUAUUGUGAAAAUUGUGAAAAGGAACUGGGAACUGUAGUUACAGCGGAUGGAUUUUGUGUCGAGUGUAUGGAGUAUUUGUGUUCUACCUGCCUCAGAUAUCACAAAAAGUAUGUGCCUGACCAUACCCUGCAAGAUAGUGCCAACAUGCCACAAGACUUCUGUUUUGAAAAAUGCCAGAUCCAUAAAGUUGAAUUAACUAAGUUUUACUGCAAAUCUUGUGACCAGAUAGCAUGCCCAAAAUGUAAGACUGAACACCACAAAGAAUGUACAGUUGACCACAUUCCAACAUUGGUUGGAUCUACUGAUAUCAAGAGUGAAGUAAUGAAGAUAAAUCUAUCAAUUGAUCAAAGUUUAGAACAAUUGGCUACUUCAAGAGAUAACCUAAACUCAAAACUAACAGAAGUUCACUCAAACAGAGCCAAUGCUAGUGCUUCAAUCAAGAUGCAAAAAGAUAAACUAAAAUGUGUUUUAAACAAAAACUUUCAACUUCAACUGAAAGAUAUGGAUAGGAGGCAUGACAGUUUUUUGAAAGAUCAUGAAAAGAGAAAAGCUGACUUACUUGAAAAGUUAGACAAAGAGAAGGAAAUGUUAACACAUAACCAUCUCCUUCAAAAAGAGAAAAUUCAAGAAGAACAAAGGCUACUUGAAGAACAGUUAGAAGAAGGUGAUGAAAAACUAAACAAUGAUUCAGAAAAACUAAAACAAACUGAUGAGUUGAAACUGCAGACACAGAUAUCAAAUGCAAACAAAACUGGGGCAGACCUAACAGACUUGAAAACAAACUUUCAAACAAAAAUAAGAACAGGACAGAAGAGUAGAGUAUUUUGGGCAGUAAAAACAGCUAAAUACGAGGUAGAGAAACUGAAAACUGAUACAGAUGAAGCAAGCCAGGACAUUGAAAUAAAUAAUUAUGAAUUUCAACCAUGUGAAGUGCCUCCAAGAACUGAUGCAAUCUUAAGCUUUGGUUCUCUUACAGAAAAAUGUAGAAGAAAAAGAAAAAUUUCUAAAGAGUACUCAAUUUCAGUGGAAUCAAUAUCUGAUACCAAAAAUAGCAAAAUAACAGGAUUAUGCAAACUCUCUGACAACUUUCUUGUUGCUGUUGACAAUGAUAAUGCUUCUUUUAAACUUAUAGAUGCAAAAAAACACACCCUGUCAUCUACUCUGCAAUUAGAAGACAAGCCUUUUGGUGUAACAAAAGUAGAAGACAAUGAAUUGGCUGCCACACUACCAGAUGUUGGAAAGAUCCAGUUCCUCUCCAUUACUCAAGCUACAGAAUUGGCUAUAGGUCCUCAUCUUGCUGUCAAGAAAUACUGUCAUGGCAUUGUGUACAAGAAACCAAAUCUUAUAGUAUUGUUCACCACAAAACCAGGUGAAGUGCAAAUCUUGGACAAAAAUGGAACAAUACUGAAAAACUUCAGUGAUCUGGACAAUCCUGUUUAUAUUGCACUUGGUACAAACAAGAGCAUGCUAUACAUCAUUCAUAGAGCAAAGCUUCCACAUAUGCCAAAGGCUUUGACAAAAAUGUCAACAGAUGGAGAUAUUAUUACAACAAAACAAAUACACACCGUCAGUGAAGUUGGUUUAACAGUAGACAAAGUAGGAACUAUCUAUAUCUGUUGUGCAUCAAGCAAAAUUAUUCAAAUGUCUGUUGAUCUCAAAACAAAGCAUGAGAUACUUACGCCACCUCAGCAUCAAGUCAGAAGGUCAUCUUCAAUUUUCUACUGCAGUAAGGAAAAUAAACUCUAUGUUGGUGGAGAAGGGGCUAUUAACGUUUAUAAAGUUAAAUAG